CCUAUAGAAAGGUCGCUCAGCCCGGAUUCACUUCCAGAUGCUUCCUUUAACGUGAGCGACUCGUUGGCUCCGCCACGUGCCAUCAAAUCAGCCGGCACUACCAAUAUCAACUUCGACGGCCUUUUAAAAGAGCCACUGCUUCUAAAAGAGGACCUGAAAAAUGGCUGUGGAGGACAGCUAUGGCCUGCUGGAAUGGUUCUGGCAAAAUACAUCCUGUCUCAACAUUCAAUCGACAUGUCCAACAAAUCGAUCGUUGAGCUAGGAGCUGGUGGUGGACUUGUUGGGCUUGCUGUUGCUCGAGCCUGUGAAUUCAAGGCUCCCCUUCACAUCACAGACCAACUGCCCAUGUUCUCCCUUAUGAAGGAUAAUAUCACGCUCAAUCAACUUGACUCGACUGUUAAUGCUUCCGUAUUUGACUGGGGAGAACCAGUUCCAGAGCAGAUCCCUGCGAAGCCGGACGUCAUCCUCGCUGCCGACUGCGUCUACUUCGAACCUGCAUUUCCUCUCCUAAUUACCACCCUACAGGACCUUCUUGGCCCCAAUUCCGUAUGUUACUUCUGCUACAAACGACGGAGAAGAGCGGACUUGCGGUUUAUGAAAAUGGCGAAGAAGGCAUUCGACGUGCAGGAGGUUAAAGACGAUCCCGAUGCUUCAAUAUACGGUCGAGAGAAACUAUUCCUCUACACUAUUCGUGUUAAGUCUACAAAUACAAGAGAAGCGAAGAUGUCCUGA